GAACUUCAGAGUACAGUCUUAGGUUUAGCGCGCAACAACACAAUACACAAAACGCCACUUUUCACACACUUUACACAACUUCUGCCCUCCCCAGUCUGUCUCUCAUGGCUGGCAAGUUGUUGUACCUCGUUGCUGCUGCUCCUUUUUCCCAUCGCUAACGUGCGCACAUUACGGGAAAAAAGGGACUUAGAAUUUUGACGGGACUUAGCCGCAGAACAAGAAGACACUCCGAAGGACAUCUCCCCCUUUAACUGCAAAAAAGUGUUGAAAAAAAGUUGUGGGCUCAUUUGAUAACACGAAAGCACUCGAGUCUCAUCCAGUCCUCCCUAGCAAGCAAGAAAAAGGAUCAUCUCGUGGUGUGUGUUGGCAACAUCCGGCUACGACGACACCGAUAUACCUCGACAAUUUGAAGCCAUAACUUCUUGACCACGACAGUGUCCUCGUGCUUUCUCUCUCUCUGUCUCUAUCCGUGUCAACAGUGUUUCGAAAAUUAAGUGUCGAUUGUUUUUCUCUUCCACACAAGUUAAACGCUGUUUUCGUCAAAAACGAGUUGCAUUCGUUUUUUGAUAUCGAAAACUGGCCACGUAGCUUGAAAUCUAUUUGAAAAGUUAGUUAACAUCAGUUCAUAAAUGAGAGAAAGAAAGAGCAGAAGAAGCGCCACGACGAGCGACAGCAGCGCCAUGGUUCCCCAACAGCAGACGAGCAAUGGCAGCGCCAGCCGGGCUGAUAGUCCGAGCAACAUCGCACCGAAAUUCGGCUCGCAACUUGUGGAUAGAAAAUCUUCGACUCCUUACUCGGAUGCCACUCAGACGAAGAAGAACAAUCCGAACCACAUUAAGCGGCCAAUGAAUGCGUUCAUGGUGUGGUCGCAAAUUGAGAGGCGUAAGAUUUGCGAAAUUCAGCCCGACAUGCACAACGCCGAGAUCUCUAAAAGGCUGGGCAAGCGCUGGAAGACGUUGUCGGACGAGGAGCGCCAGCCUUACAUUGCCGAAGCUGAACGUCUUCGUCAGUUGCACAUGCAAGAAUAUCCCGACUACAAAUACAAGCCACGCAAGAAGGCCAAGUUGAGUGGCAGCGCCAGUCCUUCGUCUCUCUGUUCGUCUGCUGCCAUGCCAGCUAGUCCGGUGAGCCAAUCGAGCAGCAAUAGCAACAGCAGCAUCGGCAGCAGCGUCAGCGCAAAGGGACUGGCCGACCAGCGGAGAACGAUGACGUCGUCGAAAGGCCGGACGAGCAGCGCCGUGGUGACAUCAGGGCCUUGCGGCACGUUGCAGACGACGAAUAACAACAACAGCCACAGUACGCCCAACCAGAAUGGCCACCCCUCGCAUCACGGGUUCACUUCGCUGGCCAAAAUGACGACGUCAUCAUCGCGAGCGCGCAUCACGCAGACGUUGGGCGGGCUCAGCACCGUCAACCACAAUCGCCUCAAAUUGCGUUUGACGAUCGACCGCAAGUUCAAGGAGAGCAUUCGCAACAGCAAAAACGUGCCGACGGCCUUGCUGGCUGUCGGUCAUAACGGCAUUAGCAGCGUGAAAACGUCGACGCCAGUACAGCCGCCGGCCAAAGUCCCGUCCAGCCCGUCGUCUGCCUCGUUUCCCGACUCGCCGGCCAGUUUAACCAUGUACGAGGAAUCGUCUGCUGGACACCACCACCACCACCAUCAUCAUCACAACGUUGCCGCAGUGAGGGAAGACUCGCCCAUCUCUGGAUUGAUCACGCCACCUACCUCUUCCUCUUCCUCGUCGUCGCCCAGCAAUAACUCUGGUGGCGGAGGAGGUCAAUCGCUCCUCAGCUUGGGCUCGUUUGGCAUCAAGAGCGAACCGGGUGUUUUGGUGGCCACUUUGACUCCCGAACCGGAAGUGGAGUCUGACGAUAUGGACGAGUCGUCGUCUCACCACUUCGGCCUGCAGUCGAUGGUCGGUGGCACGGUGGUAGGCGGCUCCAAUAAAAAUGGCGGCGACUCGACUCACUUGUCGAUGCGCAUCAAACAGGAGCCCAGUCUGAUGAUGAGCUCAGCCGCUGGAAGUGGCGAGUCGACGCUGGCCGAUUUGGACUCGUUGACGGAUCUCUUUCCGCUGCCGUCCGACAUGGAUAUCAACACACUGGCAGCCGGUGACGAUCUCGAUUCGAUCGAUUCGGCUUCCCUUUCAUCGGGGUCGCAUUUUGAAUUCUCGUGCACGCCCGACGUCAACGACAUGCUCAUGGAUAUCGGCGUUUCCAACGACUGGGUCGACAAGAGUUUCGCCAAUCUCAUCGAUUGCUAGACGAUGACCUGGAGGUGGGCGAAAAAUCAGUGGGAAAGAAAGAAAAAAAAAAAGGGAACAUAACCGAAGUAUUACUCCGGCCGCCUUUUUUGUUUUUCUGAUUUCUCUCUCUUCAACUUCUAACUUCGCUACUGGCUGCGCGUGUUGUUCAAAUCACCCACAGCGAUCACGUCAUGCAACACACACAUACACAUACGAAAGAUUUUUGUGUGUGUGUGAUGUCGUCCCCGCCCUUUCUCCUCCCGUGUGUGUGUGUGUGUCAUUAAAAAAAAAAAAAUCACCUCUCCACCAUGAUCUCUUCGUUGUCGGCCGCUCCUCCACCGAAAACAUCCUACACCAACAACAACUUUAUUCCUCCCUGUUUUGUUUUUUUGUUUAUUUAUUUUUUUUUAGUCUGACCUUCCCCCCCUCCGCCUUCAUCCCGCAACAACAGAAAUACCCCCGUGAGAAAAAUUGAAGAGGACAUUAUGCGGAGCUCAAUGUCUUUUCCAGGUAACUCCUUGUGCCGAUGGAGAGUAAAAACAAAAAAGAGAGUAAUCGACGAACCCGAUUGCGGGUGUGCGUGUUUGUGUGGAAAUUCUCACCAUCCCCUCAUUUCCCAUAGUCAUAAUUGUUAACCUCAUUCUAGAAAACAACAACAACAAAACAACCCAAAAAAAAAAAAAAGUAUCAUCUUCAUUCUUGAUGGGAUUGAUCAACCAAAAGUUCUUUUCUAUUAUUUUUUUUUUUAUUAUUAUUAUUUUAAUUUUGUUUUUCCCAUUUUAAAAAUUCUCUCUCUUUUUUUUUAUUACGUCCGUUUUUUUUUUUGGUGAAGAAAUUCAAAAUUUUUGCAGUUUAAAAAAAAAUUAUUAUUCGUGGAUUCGUGGAGAGGAGAAAACGUUUGUUUUGUUUUUUCGAAUUUUUUUUUAUGUUUUUUUUUUUUUCGUUUGAACAACUGGUUUCCUUUGCGGGUCCCGCCAAUGUAAAUAUAGACUCGGAAAACAGCAUUGAAAACGUGAAAGAGAGAGACUUUCUUUCUGUCUCUCAGACCCAAACCUCCCCUCCGAUACACACACUAUUAUAAUAUAUACGAAGAGAAAAAAAAUGCAUAUAACAAAAUGGAAGAAAAAUCCCAACAAUUCCCGGGGCCUGACGUGAUUCCCCCGUAAACCCCCCCACUUCCCCUCUUUGUUGUGUUAGGAGGAGCCGUGCGGUAGAGAUAGAGAGCUUGCCGUAGGGUGUUGGCCUUUUUCUAUUUUGUUUUUUGUUUUUUUUUUUUUUUUGCGUGGAUGUUUUUUUAAAAAUGCCACCCCUCCCAUCUUUAAAGAAAUGUCACCUGAGAAAGACUUGCGUGUAAUCCCGAUUGUAUUUUUUUUUCUUCCUCGCUUGAUUUUAAGAAAGAGAGAAAUAAGAAGAGUAAAUUUGUAUGUGUGUGUGUGUGUGUGUGUAAUCAUCUCCUCAAUGUAAUUUUUAAAAAUGAUACGAAAGCUGUUUUGUGGGUACUGGCAGCAAGCAGGGAUAUUUUUCUUUUCCUUUUUCCUCUUUUUUUUUUUUUUAAUUAAAAAAGAAAAAGAAAAAAAAAAGAAAAUUUGAGGGGGGAAACAAAUUUUCAUCUCAUCGCUUAUUUUGCCCCCCUCUAUUCACUUCCACACAUCCCCGUUUCCCCUGAAUAAUAAUUCCCCCCUCCAAUAUAAAAAAAAAAAAGAAAUUUAUUUCACAAUGUUUACCUGAUUCAUCGAAUGGAAGGAAGAAAGAAAACAAAAAAGAAAACAAAAAAAUAAUUAAAGUCCACCACCUCAGCUCGUCUGCGUCCCCGCACGCACACACGAUUCCCCCCCCCGCUCUUAUAUGUUUUCACACAUGGCGUUUAUAAUUCUCCCCUCCCCCCAAAAUUUGUUUUUCCCUUUUUUAACCAUUAAAUACCUGUUGAUUAUUUGAGAAAAAAAAGCAAACAAAAUUUUUUUCGCCAUUCUUUUAUUGGACACACUUUUUUU